UGUGUGUGUGUGGCUGUGUUGGGGAGUGAGAUGGAAGGGGUUUGGGAAAGUGUAUGACGUGGGAGAGUGUGAAUGCAGGAAAUGAGGCUUAUAUGAGACAGGCUGCUGAAAGUGCCGUUUGUGUUUCAGGAUAAACUAUGCUCAGCUCGUGAAAACUUGACUUUUCCUGUUCAACCCACUUCACAAUUCAAAGUGAUGACACUUGGAAAAUAGCCCUCAUCGCUUAAAAUCAAAAUUAAUAAAAAAUGAGAACGAUCUUAGUCGGCUUUCUAUGGCUAAGUCUUGCCCUUCAUCUGGAUGCUUUAUCUUUGAAUGGAUUGAGGGCAGACUCAAUAGUGGAAGAAGGCAUCUCGGAAAACGCGCCAAUCAAAAGAGUUAGACGAGGCUGGCUGUGGAAUCAGUUUUUCCUGCAAGAGGAGUAUACCGGCAGUGACUAUCAGUACAUUGGAAAGCUCCAGUCAGACCGAGACAGUGGAAAUGGCCUUGUCAGGUAUGUUCUCUCUGGUGAGGGGGCUGGCACCAUCUUUGUUAUUGACGAGACCAACGGCGACCUGCAUGCCACGCGCCGCCUGGAUCGGGAAGAGAAGGCGUUUUAUAUCCUCAGAGCGACAGUUGUCAAUAAUAUCACAGGCAAAACAUUAGAACCAGAGACGGAGUUCACUGUCAAACUCCAUGACAUCAAUGAUAAUGAACCUCAAUUCAGCAAGGAAUUUUAUAAUGGCAGUGUACCUGAGCGGUCCGACAUUGGUACGUCAGUCAUCUGUGUGACAGCUACAGAUGCAGAUGACAACAUGUAUGGGAACAGCGCUAAACUGGUGUACAGUAUCAAACAAGGACAGCCAUACUUUUCUGUUGACCCCAAAACAGGUGUGAUCAGGACUGCUUUGGGUCCAGGCGACAUGGACCGUGAGCAGAGGGAGCACUAUCAAGUAGUAAUUGAGGCUAAAGACAUGGCUGGAAAUCGAGGAGGACUCACUGGGACCACAGUAGUGUACAUCUCCCUCACUGAUGUUAACGACAACACACCACGCUUCACUCAAAGUAUAUACCAGUUCAGAAUUCCUGAGCUGUCCAUCCCUGGCACUGAAGUUGGGAGGAUUAAAGCUACAGACAGAGACAUUGGAAACAACGCAGAGAUGAACUUCACAAUUAUUAGUGGAGAUGCCCUGGACAUAUUUGACAUAUUCACCAAUAAAGAAACCCAGGAGGGUGUUAUAACUGUCAUCAAGAUUUUGGAUUAUGAGAACAAACAGUCCUACGUAGCAGAGAUCCAGGUCCAAAACACCCAGACAGACCCUCGCUUCACAUCCACAUACUCGAAAGACAUGGCCACUAUUCAGAUUGUCGUGGAGGACAUGGAUGAGCCACCAGUGUUUGACAAACACAGUUAUUUUAUAGAUAUUAAAGAAGAUGCUGCAGUGGGCAUGGUCAUGGGCUGGGUCAGUGCCAUGGACCCUGAUGAAGCUCACAGUCCGGUCAAGUACUCAGUUGACCGCCGGACAGACAUGGACCAUCUGUUCAAUGUCCAUCCAGAAAAUGGAACUUUAUUCCUUCUAAAAAAUCUGGAUAGAGAGGAGACUGCCUUGCAUAAUAUUUCAGUCAUCGCCACCGAGAUCUGUAAGUCUUUCCACUGCUACCUGUAUGGCAGGACAAAGGCUAUGUCCGGCAUUGUUGAGGCAAGUGCUUUCCCCUGCAUGAAGCUUUUGCGUGUCUUGAUUUUAGCUCACCCUCAGCAGAGUAGCCCUGUUUCAGUGUACAUCAACCUACUGGAUGUGAAUGACAAUGUUCCAACCUUUGCCACAUUGUAUGAAAGCUUUGUCUGUGAGAAGACCAAGUCGGGUCAGCGCAUACAAAUAAUAAGUGCUGUUGAUGCUGAUGAGCCAUUGAUGGGGCACAAGUUUUUCUUCAGUCUGGCGCCAGAGGAAACCAGCUCCAGUAAUUUCUCUUUACAAGAUAACGGAGAUAACACUGCCAGCGUUGUGACACGAAGGGCCAGCUACAGUCGCCUUCAACAGAACAUCCACCUGGUUCCCAUCGUAAUCACUGACGGUGAUUACCCAAUGCAGAGCAGCACAGAAACUUUAACUGUGCAGGUCUGCACUUGUGAUUUGGAAGGCAACAUAGAGCUGUGUAACUUUAAUGCUCAGAUAGGCUCUCCAGGGAUGAGCACCGGAGCCUUCAUCGUCAUCCUGCUGUGUGUCAUCAUAACACUAUUGAUAAUCGUUAUGUCCAUUAUAUUAACGCGACAAAGAAAAAAGGAGCCUUUGAUUGUCUCCAAGGAACAUAUCCGUGACAAUGUGCUGAGCUACAAUGACGAGGGUGGAGGUGAAGAGGACACCCAGGCCUUUAACAUUGGAGCUCUGUAUGACCAAGAAGCCGCAGCUGUCAUGGAGAAAUUUGCUCAACAAAGGUGUGACAUCAUCCCCACAGACAUGCUCGGCUACCCAAUGCACUUUCAACAUGCCUUUGAUCCCGUGUUGCCGCCUGUCAGCUUGGAUUCACAUGACAAGACCUUAUGCAGAUUCAUCAAUGAAAGAGUUGAAGAGAAUGACUAUAACCCUACUACACCGCCAUAUGAUUCACUGGCCACUUACGCUGAUGAGGGAGCAGGUUCAGUGGCCGAGUCGUUGAGUUCACUGGAUUCCGUAUCAUCUGAAGCUCAAGAUUACUACGACUACCUAAGUAAUUGGGGGCCCAGGUUCAAGAAACUAGCAGACAUGUAUAAAAGUGAGAAUAUUAUGUCCUCCUAACAACAUUUCUACAGUAUCACAUAUUUCUAUGAGACUCAAAUCUUAUAUUUCUUUCUAGCAAUGCAAUACGAUUUUUAAGCAAGCAUACAUAUUGCUUGUACAGUUACUUCUCCAUGUGAUGCUUGCUAAAUAUAAAUAUAUUCUUUGCAGAAAGGAUUUCAGAUGUUUCUCAUAUUUUGGGUUAAAAAAUAGAGGUUUGAUGACCAGUUUUGCU